GCCAUGCCUCGCUCCUCGCGCUCCUCGGGCGGCGGCCGUUCCGCGCCCGCCGGCGCACGCGGCGCCCACUCCAUGGCCGCGCCGCCGCGCCAGCAGAGCGCGCCCGUGCCGCACCAGCAGGCCCACCAGCCGCCGGCCAUGGCGCAGCAGCAGCAGGGCCGCGCGCCGGGCAUGUUCAGCCAGAUGGCAUCGACGGCCGCCGGCGUCGCCGUCGGCUCGACCAUGGGCCACGGCCUCUCCAACAUGCUCUUCGGCGGCGGCGGCAGCAGCGAGGCGGCGCCGGUGCAGGACGCGCAGCCGCAGCAGCCGCAGCAGGGCAGCUGGGCGCAGCAGGACUAUGCGCAGAACCAGCAGAACCAGCGCAUGGCCGGCAACUGCGAGGCGCAGUCCAAGGACUUCCUGCGCUGCCUCGAGACGACGAACAACGACAUGCAGUCGUGUGCCUUCUACCUCGACCAGCUCAAGGCCUGUCAGGCCGCUGCCCGGCCUUACUGAGUGACGGACGCAGUUGCGGGCCGCGAGAAGCGCAGAUAACCCGUUGUAGAACUGGAGCGGCAUCAGCGCUGACCGCCGAUGCCGUCGCUCGCCAUUGCCGCUCCCGUUCAUCCUCGUCUCUCUGGCCCUCUUCCGCCCGCCUCCUCUCGCAACCGUCGCGCGGCCCUCAUUCACGCUAAUGCCACAUCGUUUUCCACCGCUCAA